AAUUUAUCAACGUAUGUUAUGAAGAUUAUUUUUAUGUGUGAAAACAUUCUCAAAAAUAUGUGUAAUAACAAAUAUGAUCAAAAGAACGAUUUCAAGUUUUAUGAGGGUUAAUACUAAUAGAGAUACAUCAUUAUCAUUGAGAUUUUGGGGCGAGUUCGUAACUCGUACACGAAACUUUAUAAAAUUAUUAAAUUUAAAUUUACAAAAUAGGCGCAUAUGUAAUAUUAAGUUAUUUUUUGUUGUUGGUGCUAUUUGCUGAGUCACUCACGUUGUCUUUGGCAACUUGCAACAAAUGUUGCUAUUUAUAUAAGUUAAAUUGUUAGAAGUAUGUACGUGUCACCAUUGAUCACCUAUGAUGUAAGAGCUAAUAGUAAGACUAUUAGUAUUACUACUAGUCUAGAUUGAUACUAGUAAGGUGUACGUAUGGAACUUCUCUUUGCUGGGAUGAAUGCAAUUAUUGUUUUAUCUUAAAUAUAAAACUUAGAAAGUGUUGUAAAAUUUGUACCAUAUAAUGGAUUUUAAAAUAAAACCCUUUGGUUGAAACUUGUCGAAUAUUUUCACGGCCUUGAAGUUAAAACUAAAACUGUAAAAGAAGAGUACAGCGCGCGAGAUGUCUAAACUGAAGUCGGAAGCAAACAGUGAUGUCGACCGUGACGUGCUACGGGAGAGGGAACGCCAAGCUAGAGCACGAGCUCAUCUGACUAAGGAUAAACACGAUCGUACGUCAUCACGGCCUAUAUUUGGGGAACCGAUCAAGGUUGUUCCUCCCCUUGAAGAUGAAACAUCUCGUCGGAUUAAACGUACACUAGGGGACUUUAACCAGGUACAACCAUAUUUGACAAAGGAUCCAACACACCUGAUUGGAAUCUCUAAAACAGCAACCAACACCAACAAUAUAGUGUGGAGUCAUAAUGGGAAAGGAGCAGAAAGUGAUCUUUUCCAGCGGUGUCCUGUAACCACCUCAAUUAGCAUUAACUCACUGUCAUCAUUGGCUGUAAAAAAUCAACAUGCUAAUAAUGAGAAACAUCUUGAAAGUUCUUUAUUAUUAAAAAAGGAAAAGACUUCUAGUCGCCAUCACGGUUCUCAAAAGUCUAUUCAACAAGACCCCAGUGGCACUCGCCACCGUCACAGGGUGGAAGCUGAUGGAAAGAAAUGUUACGAUUCUUGCAAGACUUCAUCCAAAGAUUCUAAACAUAGGACCUCACAAGAUGAAUCUGCUAGAGGAAAAGAUGGCACAAUGAAAACAGUGUCGAGUUCUAAAUCGCGGGACUUAACAUCUACCAAUAGGUUACCAUCCCAUGUCCACCACCACAACAACAAGAAGAGUGUUCAGGAAGAAAAACAAAAACACUCCAAACUCAACAACCAACAAGGACAUCAGAAAGUGUCAACCAACUCGUGAUAACUCUGGAAAUCAUGAAGUGGUCCUGCACCUGAUUCAUCCAAGAUGUUACUUAGUGGUAACAUAGUCAUGAAGAAUUGAAUAUGGUGUGAUUUAACUUCAGUGAUGACCUGUCCUCCAGAAUUAACACCACCAUGCAGAGAAUGACGUGACCGUCCCAUAUCACACACACUUUAAAAUCUUAUACUCUCAGUACACAUGAUGUAUCUACAAUCUGAAGAAUGCUACUAUUUGUAUCUUACUUUCAGUACAGCAUGAUGUAUCCAUCUGCUGAAGAAUGCUACUAUUUGUAUCUUACUCUCAGUACAGCAUGAUGUAUCCAUCUGCUGAAGAAUGCUACUAUUUGUAUCUUACUCUCAGUACAGCAUGAUGUAUCCAUCUGCUGAAGAAUGCUACUAUUUGUAUCUUACUGUCAGUACAACAUGAUAUAUCUACAAUCUGAAGAAUGCUACUAUUUGUAUCUUACUCUCAGUACAACAUGAUGUAUCUACAAUUUGCUACUAUUUGUGUCUUGGAACCAAGUUUAUUACUGAAGACGUUAUCACGUGUUGCCUGUAUUUUUAUAGAAACAUGAUUAUUUAUAAUCUCUGACCUAGUGUGUUUCUAUCAUAUCUUUUACAUAUUUAAUGUGAUUGAGAGUAUCUUAGUAAUUACUUUCUUGUGUUACAUCCAUAUUGAAACGUUACAAACUAGUGAUUUGUUAUAGAUUGCCAGCUCAGUGUUUGUAUAAAUGUGUUGUCAUUUUUGAAGUAUGUAUUCGUAUGAGAAGUUUUAAAGACAUUUCAUUAAUUAAUAGUCAGGUUUUUAGGGCUGAAUCUUUACUCCCAACAACUCUUGGUAAAAUGUUAAACAAGGACUAUUUUCAAUAAAGCAUUCUUAUGAGUAUAUAUUUGGGUUUGCAGAUAUUUAGAGUUUUAAUAAACCCAUAAUUUAAGUACCAUUUUUAAAUUGUAUAUUGAUUAUUAUCUGAUAGUUUAUCUUUGACAGUUUUUUUUAAAUAAUGUUUAUAGAUACAUUUUAGGAGAAACUGUAUGUCUGGAAAUAUGGGAAGGGAACACAUCUUUCUGCUUACAUGUGUUGCUUCAAUUUUAUUUUUAAAGAAAUCGUCUAUCCUUCUGUAUAAAUAAAAUAUGUUACUAAUGAUAAAACGAUGUAUAAUAAAAAUUCUGGUUCUUUUAUUUCUGACUAUAAAAAUAUAUAUAUAUCAGUAUAAAAGUAAUCCUUAGUUUCCAUUACAGAACACACUCGUUCUUUUCAGAAGUGGGGACGUUGUAAUGUAAUGGCUAAUCCUAUCAUUUGAUUAAAGAAACCCCAUAGUUGGGAGGUGGGUGAUGUUCUUUUGCUACCUUCCCUCUAGUCGAUUACUUCUAAAUUAGGGAUGGCUAUUUCAACUAGCCUUUGAGUAGCCUUGUGAGAUUUAACAAAGAAACAUCUUCCAAGAAAAGAACUAAGAAGGCAAUUAGUCAGCGGGUUGAUGUGGUCUAAUGAGUAUUGUGACGAGCAUCAGAUGAGAGGGUCCAAGGUUCCAGCCAUGAUAUGAAUUGCUGAAACUGAUUUCAUUCACUGUAAGAAACAUUUGAAUUAAUACCACUUUGUUUAACCAGGCUAUUGAGAUUAACACCGUGUGUAAGCUAGUUGGAAUUAAUAUCACUGUUUGUAAGCCAGCUAUUGUUAUUAACACUGUGUGUAAGCCAGUUGGAAUUAAUAUCACUGUUUGUAAGCCAGCUAUUGAGACCACUGUGUGUGUGUAAGUCAAUUGUUAUAAUUAAUACCACUGCGUUUGUAAGCCAGCUAUUGGUAUAAAGACCACUGUGUGUGUAAGCUGUUUGGCUGUGGAAGAGUGAGUCAAAACAUACAGAGCUUUGUAUGAGGUCUCCCUUGAUAGCUAAAUUAACUAUUUACCAUGAGUGAACUAGACCAUGACCAGGUUCUGAAUUACUUACAUAAUGUACAAGAACAAAUCCAGAUAAGUACCUCUUCCUUUAAAAACCAACUAGUUGGACUAACUGAUCUUCUACCAGAGAAGUACAUCUUGCGACACACUUUCUUUUAAAACAAACUUGUUGGAUUAAUUGAUCUUCUACCAGAUAAGUACCUCUUGCGACACACUUCCUUUAAAAACCAACUUGUUGGAUUAAUUGAUCUUCUACCAGAUAAGUACCUCUUGCGACACACUUUCUUUUAAAACAAACUUGUUGGACUCACUGAUCUUCUACCAGAGAAGUACCUCUUGCGACACACUUCCUUUAAAAACCAACUUGUUGGACUAACUGAUCUUCUACCAGAUAAGUACCUCUUGCAACACACUUUCUUUAAAAACCAACUUGUUGGAUUAACUGAUCUUCUACCGGAGAAGUACCUCUUGCGACACACUUCCUUU